ACAGGAUCACGAACAGCUGGCCCUCUUCAACAUUUUAACUAAGAGAUUGUACUCCUUCUCAUUGUCCCGGCCACAGAUUUCUGCUGAUGAUGGAGUACGCGCAGAGGACGAUGGAGUACGUGCAGCAGAAAGUGCUGCCCAUUGGGUAUGCGUGCUUUGGGGCUGCGUUCGGUAUUGCUCUCGGUCUAGGCCACGCAUUGGCUGGACUCGUGCCGGAGGAGGUGCCCAAGACAUUCCACAACCUGGUCAAGAGAUCAAAGAGCAUUGCCCUUGAGGCAAGGAAGGAGGCUGAGAGCGCCGUGGAGUCUGUGAAAGGCAGCGUGGAGAAGUUUAAGAACAACGGGCUGAAGACAGCAAAGACUGCGAAGAACGAGGGCAAGAAGAAGACCAGCGAGGCAGUCAACGAGGGCAAGAAGAAGACCAGCGAUGUAGCCAACGGCAUCAAAGCGAACGGACAUGCUGUCCCUGCAGGCUGAUUGCCCCUGCACUUCCUUGCCUGGGAGCAGCAUUUUCCAUGACGGCACCCUUGCCUGAUGAGGUGGAGUUAGCUGCAAAAAAGGCUAAGCUUCUCUGCUGGGUGGACACAGCAAAUCCCAGCAGCUUGUGCGCAGUAGGCGCUCCUUUUUGUAAGUGUCUGUAGGAAUUUCAUUCUUCCCUGCAUGUGGGAUUUAGAGACAAGGUGACCUGGUGACCCCAUGUGUGGUUUGCGAUAGGUCCUUUUCUUCAAUGCAUGACCUCCAUCUAGAUGCAUGCCUCAUCUUUUUUAUCUUUUGCAGUGCGAGAGGCUUCGUAGUGCCUUCAUGCAUUUGGUGUGAGUCUGUGUCGUUUGGGAAGCAAGUGUAGGUAGGUGUACACUUAUGAUCUGUCGCUGGACUGGCCGUGGCUAUUUAUGUUACACAGCCUCCACUGGUGUCACAAGAGUCCAGAGAUUCUUGAAGGAUGUCAAACCUUGAUUUGGAGUCCUGAUGCCGAUGUUUUAGAGCUGUCCUGAGGUACAGCUCGCUAGGAGAGCUAUGUGACAUAGCCUAUGUCUGCAACGUGUUUGCCUAUUCUGUGUACUGAAUUCAGGGUCAUAAAAGGACCGUUUGUGAUUGGAUUUGGACUAUCUUGCAAGCUCUCAUGUCAGGAACUUGCAGCCUGGCAUGAAGUUAAGGUACAGGCCACAAGUUCUUGGGUGUAGCUCAAUUGCUUGAGCGAGUCUUAAGUCAUAAAAGCAUGCUCCUCUUGCGUGAGGGUGGUCUCGCAUUGGUGAUGUCCUGACAUCAAGGGUGUGAGAAUUGACAGCUUCGGAUAUCACUUGAAUUGCAGUGAGCCUCGUGUGCGUCAGUCAGAAAGGGCCUGGCAUUUGUGAAAUUGCAAUGCAAGGGGAAUCUACAAAGAGAUUCGCAGGGUGAAUACAGCUUGGUCAUAUUCUCUAUUGUAAUUACAAGCAGGGUUU